AACGCGCCUAAAAACACUCCUAGCUGGUCUCACAGACUUUACAUAGGCCUAUUUGUAAGGUUUAGGAAGCAGUAUGUGCUUACAAACCAUUUCCAACAUGCACAAAACUAUGGUAUUCCAAAAGAGUACUGAAUCUCCUGCUUCUAGCAUUCAAGUCUGCCUGCUAGUUUUAGUAUGCUUGAGUACUUUGUCAAGCAUCAAUGCUAAGAUCACUAGCAGUAUUCCCAACAAAAUCCAAAAAGGUCAAAUGAUUAAUGUAUCACAGAGCAUAGUAUCUGCUAGUGGAAGCUUUGAACUUGGUUUCUUCUCUCCUAAAAACACCACUAAUCUCUACGUCGGAAUAUGGUUAUUCAAGAAGAGAGUUUCUGAGUACUGUGUUUGGAUUGCUAACAGAGAUUACCCUCUCCUUAGUUCCUCUGCUAUCCUCACUAUCAACCUUGAAGGAAACAUUGUGAUUUCUGAUGGAAAAAAGAUCUACAUGGUGACCAACACCUCAAGAGGAAAAGAUACAUUCGCCAUGCUAACGGAUUCAGGUAAUCUUGUACUGAAAGAAAGCAAUAGCUCAGAAGAUGAUCAUGGUCUAUUAUGGCAAAGUUUUGACUAUCCUACACAUUCCCUUUUGACUGGAAUGACAUUUAUGUGGGAUUCUUCUUCUUUACUAUCAUGGAAAAGUGAAGCUGAUCCUACUCCAGGUAACUUUUCCCUAAUAUUAGAUUCAUCAAAGAAGCAGCUAGUCAUCAAGGACAGGUCCAAUACAAGUGGUGGUGAUGCAAAUGAGAAUGAAGGGUCCAUGUUAGGUAUGAUUUUGAAUAAAAGCUUUCAAGGGAAGCUUUAUCUUGGCAUCAAUCCUCAAAAUGAUUCCUCUGGUCAAAUUUCUCGGCUAGUGUUGGAUGAAUCAGGGCAGCUUAAGCUACAGUCAUGUUCAGCACAAACCAAACUUUGCACAUGGAUAUGGUCCAGAUGCUGGUAUUCACUAUGUGGAGCUUAUAGUAAUUGCAAUGAGACCACUAAGUCAUGUAGCUGUUUGCCUGGGUCCAAGCGUGUUGAUAAUUCGACUUUAGGAGAGAAUCCUAUAAGCUGUAAGAGGAAGAUUGAAUUAAAGUGCAGUAAUCUCAAUCUAAAUGCUGAUAAUUUCUUUCCUAUUUCAACUACUGAGUUUCCAAAUGGAGCCUUGAAGUUCGAUGUUGGGAAUGAUUCAGGCUGCAAAUCAGCUUGCUUGAAAAAUUGUUCUCUCAUUGUUUAUGCUUACGAUGAACAGAGUGGAUGCUUAUUAUGGAAUACUGCUUCAUUCUUCAAUCUGAGGCAACAUUCGAACCAUAAACACAGGAAUACAAGAAAACUUUCUCUCAGACUUGCUGCUGGUUUUGAGAUUAGUCAUAUGAAAGUCAUUUCUGUCACACAUGAAACAAAUGGGAGUGUUAAAAUGAAAAAGAAGAAAGGAAUUAAAAAUGUUCAUUUGCUGAUUAUAUUAUCAGUUGGUUCUGUAGUUUUGCUGAUUCUUUGUAGACUUUUGACUAAGCAGAGAAGGUUUGGAUGGAAAGCAGGGAAAAAUUUGUUACAUUUCGAUGUGGAAAUGAGCCUAAGAGAUGACCACUCCGAGCUUCCUGAACUUAAAAUGCGCAAAAAAGGUGGAGAGAAGUCAAGCAAGUUGGUAUUUUUUACCUUCUCAAGUGUGGCAACUGCUACUGAUAAUUUCUCAGAUGAAAAACAGAUUGGAGAGGGUGGGUCUGGACUAGUUUACAAGGGAACAUUAAUAAAAGGAGAUGAGGUGGCUGUAAAAAGACAAAUAAAAAAAUCUCAUGAAGGAAAGAAGCAGUUCAAAACUGAAGCAAAUCUCAUUGCCAGACUUCGACACAGGAAUCUUGUUAAAUUACUAGGCUGCUGCAUUGAAAGAAAAGAAAGAAUUCUUAUUUAUGAAUACAUGCGCAACAAAAGCUUGGAUUUUUACCUCUUUGAUUCAAAAAGGGGCAGCCUUCUUACAUGGGAGAUACGAGUUAGAAUCAUUGAGGGGAUAUCUCAAGGGCUUCUUUAUCUUCAUCAGUACUCCAGGAUCAGAAUAAUACAUGGAGACCUUAAGGCUAAUAACAUAUUACUGGAUGAAGGCAUGAAUCCAAGAAUAUCAGAUUUUGGAAUGGCAAGAAUUCUUAAAGAGAACCAGCCACACAGAGCUAGUGAAACACCUGGUGGAACUUUUGGCUACAUGUCGCCUGAAUAUUCUCAAGGCAUUGUGUCAGACAAAGCCGACGUUUUUAGCUUUGGAGUCUUAUUGUUGGAAAUUGUGAGUGGAAAAAGGAACGCAACAAAUUUUCCGAACUGGGAGACUCGUAGUAUUAUUGCAUAUGCAUGGAAAUUGUGGACAAGUGACAGAGCAUUGGAGUUGAUGGAUCCGUUACUAGAAGAUCAGUCUACAAUGCAUGUGGACAUGGUGCUAAGAUACAUCCAUAUAGCACUCCUUUGCGUGCAAGAAAGUACAGCCGAUAGGCCCAACAUGUCUCAGGUUGUCAUGUGGCUAAGCAAUUAUCAUCAAGACUUAUCUCAGCCCAAGCAGCCAGCUUUCUUCAAUUCUACCACUACGGUCGAUCCAAACCCAGUUCAGAUUGAGGCUGAAAUUGUCUCUACAAACUUUGUAACUGUUUCUGCUAUUGAACCACGUCCAUAAAUUCAGGAGUGUCCUUAUGUUCAAUAUUUCAUUGUGCUGGUUUGAAUGCAUCGUUAAGCUUUGUAUAAGACUUUUUUUGCAUUGUGAAGAUAUGGCAUGUGGCGACUCUUAGUUGUUCACUUCAAACAGUUGGUUAUUAUGGUUAACAAUGAGGUUGCAGUUUACAAAAAUUUUGUGCUGUUUAAUCAUCUAUAAAACUCGGUCAAGUUCCAAGCAAAGUAUUCCAUUAUUUGUAUCAUUUACACUGAAUCGAGAGCUGCUCAAUUAAUAUUUGAAGCUUUUGACUAA